AUGGCUAGACGACAGAGUCGACUUACAACAGUGCGUGACAAUGAAUUUGAAAGUGAUGAUAGUGAUUGUUUGGAGGACAUAGAACAACAAUUUCAAAGAAUGUGUGCAUCUGAAAUCGAAAGUGGUGAAGAUUUAGAAGACAUGGUUACAUUCAGACAAAGAAGACGUAUAAACAGAAUUAGUGAUACAUCUGAAAGUAAUAAUGAAACGGACCAGAACAGCGAUUGGCAGAAUACCACUCAAAAUGACACAUAUUCCAGUUCCAUCGAAUUUUCUACGGGAGACAAGGUGCAAGGGCCACAAGUUCCGAAAACCACGCCACAAACGGACGAUAAGGAAAAAACUUCUGUGGAUAAAGUUGUCUAUUUUCUUAACUAUUUGGACAAAAAGUUCAGACAUCAUUUUGUACCAGCAUAG